GCGCCCGCCGCGGCCCUUGUCGCGCCCUCCGUGCCGCGCGCGUCCGUUUUGCAGCGUCUAAAUCGGUCAGACAGCGACGCAGCGCAAAUGAUGAAUCCUCGGGCCCUUGCGCGCGCCUAUUAGCGCGCCGCCGUGGUGCGCCCGCUGCAGCGGUACGCGCACACACCCCUGCGGCCAGCGACGCGGCGAAACUCGCCGCGCGUCGCUCACGGAAGCAAUGGUGGGCGCCGCCCGCGGGCAACGCAAAUUGCACUUCCCAAAAGCGGCACGUAUGGCCCGCCAGCGCUCGCCACGACGCUACCAUAGCAACAUGGUCGUCAGGAGACGCAAUCAAAGCGGCCACGCGACGACUCCUGGCCCACACACCCCACGUCACGAUGACGCCGAAACGCACAAAAACAAGAAGAUCACCGAUCACGCACACAGGCCCGCGACCGUCGUCCAGGCGAACCCCGGCAUCGGCACGGGCCAGGGCCCCUCGUUGGAAUGGGGCGGCUCGGACACGACGACGGGCGGCGCCAAAAAACUGUCCGAGGCCCUCGAGGAGGCCGACAUCGAGCGCAAGAAGGCCGUCGAGGAGGCCGAGCGCCGCGCGAAGUGGCAGGAGCAGGAGCGCGAGGAGAAGCUCCGCAAGGUCGCCUUCAUGAAGGAGAUGCCCGACGACACGCCCGCCGGCUCGGUGAGCGACUACAUGUACAAGGAGGGCGUCAAGGACCAGCUCGACAAGUUGGAUUAUGACUUAGUUGGUUUAUUGCCGGUGAAGCAGCGCGUCCGCGAGAUCGCCGCUUUACUGGUGCUGGACAAGAUGCGCCGCAAGCUGGGCUUCGACACGGCCGUCCCCUCGCUCCACAUGUGCUUCACGGGCGCGCCCGGCACGGGCAAGACGACGGUCGCCGUCCGCAUGGGCCAGAUCCUCGCGAAGAUGGGCUACUGCCGGUCCGGCCACGUCGUGGUGGCCACGCGCGACGACCUCGUCGGCCAGUACGUCGGCCACACAGCGCCCAAGACGAAGGAGGUCAUCAAGCAGGCCCUCGGCGGUGUGCUCUUGGUGGAUGAGGCCUACUACCUCUACAACGCGGCGAACGACCGCGACUACGGCCAGGAGUCCAUCGAGAUCCUCCUGACCUUCAUGGAGAACAACCGCGAGGACCUCGUCGUCGUCUUGGCGGGCUACAAGGACCGCAUGGACAAGUUCUUCUCCUUCAUCCCCGGCAUGUCGUCGCGCAUCGGCAACCACAUCGACUUCCCGAACUACGAGGUCGACGAGCUCUUCGAGAUUAGCAAAGUGAUGUCGCGCGACCUGGAUUACGAGAUGACGGACGAGGCCGGCGACGUCUUCAAGAAGUACAUCGAGCGCCGCAUGGCCAUGCCCUUCUUCUCGAACGCCCGUACGGUCAGAAACGCCAUGGACCGCGCGCGCAUGAACGCCGCGAUCCGCGUCUUCGACCAGGCCAUCGCCGGCGCGAACGGCGGCGACGUCGGCGCCGACGACCUCAAGGCCAUCACGGCGGACGACUUCCAGGUCAUCCUCGACGAGGCGCUCGCGGCCGAGGACGACGCGAUCCUCGCGUAG